AUGUUAAUGCCAGAGAUUGAUCCCACCAAGCUCGGUCUUGGUUUAAUUAGCCGAUAUUUAGCAGGCCAAAGAGAAGUCGACCUGGAGAGCGUCGAUAAGGUCAACCCUGCCAAGUUCGACAAGGCAAACGAUAUGGCCGAGUUGACGCACUUGAACGAGGCGUCUGUGGUCCACAACCUUCACAUGCGCUACCAAUCCGACCUCAUAUAUACGUACUCGGGUCUCUUCCUAGUCACCGUUAAUCCUUAUUGCCCGCUACCCAUCUACACCAACGAGUACAUCAACAUGUACAAGGGCAGGAAUCGAGAGGAUACGAAGCCCCAUAUCUUCGCCAUGGCUGAUCAUGCGUUCCGUAAUCUGGUGGAAGAGGGAGAGAACCAGAGCAUCCUGGUGACUGGAGAGUCGGGUGCCGGUAAAACUGAAAACACGAAAAAAGUGAUCCAGUAUCUCGCCGCCGUUGCGCAUUCUGAUUCCUUAGUCAAGAGCAGGCCUCAACACACCAAUCUUUCACAGCAGAUUCUCAGAGCCAAUCCGAUUCUUGAAUCCUUCGGUAAUGCCCAGACUGUCCGCAACAACAAUUCGUCACGUUUCGGCAAGUUCAUCCGCAUCGAGUUCUCUCGGACGGGCUCGAUCGCGGGUGCCUUCAUCGAUUGGUACCUGCUGGAAAAGUCUCGUGUUGUACGAAUCAAUGCCAACGAACGCAAUUAUCAUAUCUUCUACCAGCUUUUAAACGGUGCAGAUAACCGUAUGAAGCAUGAAUUUUUGUUGGACGGGCUCCAUGUUGAUGACUUUUCUUACACGCGCGGAGGCCAGGAUACCAUCGUGGGUAUCUCCGAUAGGGAGGAAUGGAGUUCUCUUCUCGAAGCGUUUUCCGUCAUGGGAUUCACGGAUAAGGAUCAGAGCUCUAUCCUCCGAACUAUCGCCGCUGUCCUCCAUUUGGGCAACAUAUCAGUGGUCAAGGAGAGCCGUAUGGCUGACCAGGCGCGCUUGGCACCCGACAGCGAGCGACAGGCUGCAAAAGCUUGCCAGCUUCUUGGAAUACCUCUUGAGCCGUUUAUACAGGCGCUUUUACACCCAAAGGUCAAGGCUGGGCGCGAAUGGGUGGAGAAGGUACAAACUCCUGACCAGGUUCGACUCGCAAUCGAUGCUUUGGCAAAGGGCAUCUAUGAGCGCGGCUUCGGUGAUCUCGUCAACCGCAUUAACCGGCAGCUGGACCGCAACGGAAUGGGCAUGGACGACUCUCACUUCAUCGGCGUACUCGAUAUCGCAGGCUUCGAGAUCUUUGAGCAGAACAGCUUUGAGCAGCUUUGCAUUAAUUACACCAACGAGAAGCUGCAGCAGUUUUUCAAUCACCACAUGUUCGUUCUCGAACAAGAAGAAUAUGCCCGAGAGCAAAUCGAAUGGCAGUUCAUCGACUUUGGCCGAGACCUUCAGCCCACUAUCGACCUCAUAGAGCUUCCCAAUCCAAUCGGCAUAUUCUCGUGCCUCGAUGAAGACUGCGUGAUGCCCAAGGCCACCGACAAGUCUUUCACGGAAAAGCUCAACGGGCUUUGGGAGAAGAAGACGGAUAAGUAUAGGCCGUCUCGACUUGGACAAGGCUUUGUACUCACACACUACGCUUCCGAGCUCGACGACGACCACGGAGGUGCGAGAAGUCGGGUCAAGAAGGGCCUCUUCAGGACGGUUGCUCAAAGACACAAGGAGCAGCUGCACAGCCUCAUGACACAGCUUCACUCAACCCACCCGCAUUUUGUUCGUUGCAUUCUGCCGAAUCAUAAGAAGAGGCCGAAGCAGUUCAACAAUCUACUAGUGCUUGACCAACUUCGAUGCAAUGGUGUCCUCGAAGGAAUCCGCAUCGCUCGAACCGGAUUUCCCAACCGUCUUGCCUUUGCAGAGUUUAGGCAGCGAUACGAGGUGUUGUGCCGUGAUAUGCCAAAAGGCUAUCUAGAGGGCCAGUCCGCAGUCGCCAUCAUGCUCGACAAGCUCGGUCUAGACCGCACACUCUUCAGGGUCGGCCUUACCAAGGUUUUCUUCCGGGCGGGUGUUCUCGCCGAGCUGGAGGAAAAGCGCGAUGCGCUGAUCACGGAAGUCAUGACACAGUUCCAGGCGGUGGCCCGUGGAUACGUGCAGAGGCGUAUUGCUUACAAGCGGCUGUUCCGGGCCGAAGCCACGAGGAUCGUGCAGUCUAAUUUCCGCGUCUACCUUGAUCUCGUGGAGAAUCCUUGGUGGCAACUUCUGGUUAAGAUGAAGCCCUUGCUAGGCGACACUAGGUCGGCAACCGAGGUGAGAAAGCGAGACGAGAUGAUCCGCCUGCUCAAUGAAAAGAUCACCACCGAAGCGGAGUCGAAGAAGAAGCUCGAGGAAGAUAGGCGAAACACGCAUGCGGAUAUGAUGCGGAUUCAGCAAACCCUCGAGAGUGAGCGGGCUCUUGCCCUUGAUAAAGAGGAGAUCUUCAAGCGACUUCAACUACGGGAAGCGGAGCUAGAGGACAAACUUGCGGGUGCUCUAGAAGAUCAAGAAAGGCUCGAGGACCAAUUAGACGAUCUCCUGGACGCGAAGAAGGAGGCAGGUCUAGAGGUUGAAAAGUUCCGCUCCCAGCUGGAGCAAGCCGCCGGCCUCAUCGCACGGCUCGAGGAGGAGAAGCAGUCUCUCGCCCAAAAGGUCGCUGACCUCGAACAUGCUCUCGAUGACAUCUCUCAACAACAGUCUCAGCGAAGUGAACAAGAAGCCGUGCUUGAGGAGGAGAUCAAAAUGCUACAGAGCCAGCUUUCCGUAAAAGAUCGGAAAACAAGGGAUCUCGAAACCAGACUCCUCAAGGCCGAUCAAGACCUCGAGGUCAAGCUUCACAACACACAAAAGGAACUUCAGUCAUCGAAACUGAGGGAGCAGCACCUCAGCCGCGAGAACCGAGACAUCAACCAACAGCUCUCGCAGCUAUCAAAGACCUCUACGGACUAUGAAGACCUGGUCAGGAAGAAGGAAAGCGACCUUGCCUUGCUACGGAGUGACAAUAAACGAUACGAGAUGGAACGCCGCAGCUUCGAGGAUCAAAAGGCCGCACUUGCGGACGAGAAACAAAAGGCGACAAAUCGAAUCCACGAAGUCCAAGCCGAGAUUGCGGCCAUGAAGUCUCAGCAGACUCAACUACAUCGUGAGGCGGAAGACGCUCGAAAUCUGCUGCAAGCCCGCUUAUCGGAAGAUGCUCAAGCCGGCCAGAACCGCAAGCUCCUAGAACAGCAGAUCAAGGAUCUCAAAGAUGACCUGUAUAAGACUCAGGUUGAUCUCAGCCGUGAACGGCAGUCUCGAGAUGACGUUCUCCUUCUGGGCGAGCACAAGUACCAGACGCUUAAGGAUGAGUACGAGCGACUCAACGAGGCCAAGAUCACCAUCGAAAAGGAGCUUUAUGUCCAGCAGGACACUUUGCGACGCACGAUGGAGGCGCGUGCAACUGCGGAAGGAGAGCGGGACGAGGCCCGACAAGAGAUUCGCCGUCUACGAGCCGCCAAAGCCCAGGCUGAAGAAGCAAGGAUCGAGGCAGAGGUGUCAGGAGAGAAGACCGCCACUAAAAUCGCCCGAGACCGGGAAGCGAGCCUUCGAAAAGAUUUGGAUGCUGCGCACGAGCGCCUUCACUGGUUCGAAGAGCAGUGCGCUGCCCUGAAUCAAAAGGUUGAGGAUCUGAACAAGCUCAUUCUUGAGUCUGGUAACUUUGGACUGAAGAACGAUCAAGCAAAGGAUCGACUAGAGCGUGAGUUGGCGACGGUGAAGAGUCGUCUCGCCGCGUCCGAAAACGAUAAUCGAGCGCUCCUCAACAAGCUUCAGCACAAGGGGUUGGAAAUUGCUCGGUCUACUUCUCGCGCCAACGAAGCCUCUCGCGCGCAGACCAUGUCUCUGCAGCGGGAGAAGACCCGGCUAGAAGAGCAAAACUGCAUGCUGCAUAAACAGCUUGAAGACUCGCAAUUAAACGUCGCUUCCCUGGAAAAGAAGAUGGAGAAGCUUCAGCUUAACAUGGAAGAUCUCAACCAUGAGGUUGCACGCGAAGCCAAGACGACCCGAAACGCGGAGAAGAUGUCGUCUAACUUUACCGUCCAGCUUGCGGAAGCGAAUAGAACCAUUGAAUCUGAGCGGCAACUCCGUAGCCAAGCCCAGAGCACAGUUCGCUCGCUUCAGGCCUCGCUCGAUUCCCGGGAUGGCGAACUGCAAGACCUCCGCGACCAGAUGCUCACAAUCUUGAAGACCCUUGAUCCCGCGGCUAAUAUUCCGCCCCAAGCGAACGAUGCGGGCUCGGAAAAGCACAUGGCAAGACAAUUUGACUUGAUUCGUAAGAUUGAGGAGCUUCAGCAGAAUCUCCGAGUACAAACUGCCGCCCGGUCGAGCGCCGAGGCCCAGCUCGCGGAUCUUCGCGCGGUACGCGCAAACGAAUCCCCAACCCGGCCGAGGCUCGAGGAGAUCCCGCUCAACGAGGUUCAAUUUAAUCGAUCGCCUACUCAGCGGCACUCGAAACUGCAUGCUCGCCACUAUUCCAACACGUCCACGCCGACCCGGAAGCCCGUCCUUCAUGAGCCUGACCACCAAGAUUCCGCUCGGUCAGACCGCACAGCCGACAUUAUAAGCUUCAACAAUCGCAUGGAUCUCAAGGCGGAAGUGGAGGAACUCCAAAACCAACUUCAGCUCGCGCAGAUGCAAAACCGACACCUUCAGAGUCAGGUAGAUCGCAUGACACCUGGCCCCGACAGCGUCCUAGAUCAAAGUCCUUCGCUCCGCCGGAUGCAAAAGCUUGAGCAGGCCAAUAGUCGUCUGCAGGAGAUGUUGGAUGAUUCUGCGAAGAAGGUCUCGGCCCUAGAGCGAAGCAUCCGCACGGGUGAGCUCUCGCUCCAUGAUUUGCGCACUCGGUCGCACGAGGAGAUUCUCGACGCGCUUAACAGUCAGGAGGAAUCACGGAAGGCGCUCAUAUCCAGCCAUAAGGACGCUGCAGAGGUUGAGCUACGCGACGUCAAGUCUGACCUAGAGGAGAUGAGCCUAGCUAGGGAGCAAGAGGCGACGAGCCGAAGCCAGCUGCUUCAGGAGUUCGCUGAUCUCCAGAUUCGCCUGGACGCCGAGACGUCGAAGCUCGCGGAUGUUAGCUCGAGCCUUAACCUCUACAAGGGCCGUGCCGACGAGUACUUCAACAAACUGGAGCAGGCAGAAAUUGCCGUUCUCAAGGCUAGUCGGGCGGAGCAAUUCGCCAAGGCCCAGGCCCAAGAGGCGGAGGACGCUUGCGCAGAAAUUAUGGCGGAGAGGACGAAGAUGGACACGGCAAUCGAAGAUCUUCAGCGCCAGAGCCAAAAACUCGAAGAGAAGUACGAGGACGUUUCGACGGAUCUCGACGCAGCCCUACAAGCCAAGAAGAGGCUUCAACACGAGCUGGAGGACUACCGGAACCAGCGCGCUAUGGACAUUGAGGACAAGGAAUCGAGCAUGGAGCAGACGCGCAAGAAGUACCAAGCCGAAUUUGCCACGUUAACCAAGGAGCUUGAUCUCGCUAGAGAAGAGAAGUUGUUCAAGCAGGCGGAGAUCGUGCGGCUACGGGAAGAGUUGGAUGACCUCAGAUCCAAAUGGGAUGACGAAGUGCUCAACAGCUCGACCUGGUCCAAGGAAAAGUCGCGUCUCGAGGCAGCGCUAUCCGACGUUGUUUCGUCGAGAGACGAGGCGGUCGACGCCCAUAAAGAAGCCCAAGGCAAAAUCGUUUCCCUACUCUCGCAGGUGCGCAACCUCCGCGCAUCAGUCGACGACAUCACAGCAGAGCGGGAGGGGCUUCUUAGGGAAAAGCGGAGCAUCGAAGGGGAGAACCCAUCACUUCGCAACGCGGCCAAUAUGGACAAGGAGCUCCUGGAUUUGAAGUCCAAGCUUGCGCAACAAGAAGAUAUUGCGGCAGCUGCGGUGGAGAAGAUGAGGCGAUCAGAAGCCUUGUCCGGCGAAGUGCAGAAGGAGGCUCUAGUGGAGAGGGAGCUGAGCGCGCAGCUUCAAAAGGACAAGGCAGCGCUGGAGAAGGCUCUCAACGAGGUGCAGGUUAGGUUGGUAGACCUUGAAACCAAGGGCUACUCAAGCGCUAGCCAAGACAUCAAAUUCUUGCACAAGCGGAUCCAAGAGCUCGAGAACCAGCUUGAGACACAGGAAGAAGAACGGUCCAAAUCGCAGCGCUCGGUCCGCAACGUCGACCGAGUUGUCAAGGAUCUUCAGACCCAGAUUGAGCGCAAGGACAAGCAAAACACGCAUCUGACCGAGGACAUUGCACGGUUCCAAGAAAAGGUGACAAAGCUGCUCAAGACGAUUGAUGAGUUGCAGGCAUCGGAAUCCACCAGCCAGUUGUCGGCAAGGCGUGCGGAGAGAGAGCUGCGUGAAGAGCGUGAAAAGGGCCUCAGCCUCGAACGCGAGCUUGAAGGAUGGAAGUCUCUUAGGAUGGAGAAGGGUUCAUCCAUGGGAAGCAUCGGAACUAUGGGCAUCGGCCGCUGGCCUCUUGAGGAGGCGAGCUAUGGCGAAAGGGCGAGCAUCGGAAUCAUGGUUUGCUUUUCAGUAUACCAUCGGACUCGCAAGAGAAAACUCGAGGUGGAGGCAAUCGUUGGCGAGUCCGACUAUUCGCCAAGGCCUGGGCUACGGGAGGAGGAAGGGGAGCGGGGAGAACGUUUCCACGAGAGGGACUCGGUGGUUGAUGCGCUACGGGAGGAGGUUCGGAGACUCCGAGACCAGCCAGUUUUCCUGUGGCUUCCUGCUCGCUCUGGCAACCUCCAGGAUGGUCACGAUGAUAAUGUAAGCGUCGAGGCACUCCUCCAGACCGCGCUGAGCCCGAUUGCUCAAAUGUCUGGAUUCGGCAGCAUGGUGGCCUCCCACGCCGCGAACCCUCCUCCAGCUCCCAACCUCGCCGCCACCACCACCACCACCACCGCCGCCGCGAACCCUCCCGUCAUCCACCCCUUCAUCCCCCGCGCGACCUACGAUGUCCCCGCUUCCAUCCCGCGCUCCUACUAUCUCGGCCACCACGCCGCCGGCCUUCGCGCCAUCGCCACCCAGCUGUCCUCCAUCGGCCUCGUCCUCGAGUGCCGCGACUUCCGCGUGCCCCUGACCUCGUGGAACCCCUUACUCGAGCGCACCCUCACCGGCCCGCGCCGCCUCGUCGUGUACACCAAGACCGACCUCGGUACCGACGAGGAAGGUGCAGGAGGCGGUGCCGCCGCGCGCACCAAGCGCGCCCUCAAGGAGCUUCACCGCACGCGGCCGGGCGAGAGCGCCGUCUUCAUCGGCAAGGGCAAGAGCAAGACGGAGCUGCUGCGAGCCAUUCGCGACAUCGCCAGGGAGUACGACGCCCUGACGGGCUUGCGGACCUUUGUCGUCGGCAUGCCCAACGUCGGCAAGAGCACCUUGCUGAACUCGCUGCGGCGGGAGGGCAUGAAGACCAAGACCAAGGUCGCCAUCACGGGCAACCACCCGGGCGGCGUCUUCAUCGUCGACACCCCGGGCGUCUUUAUGCCCUACGUCUCCUCGGGCGAAAAUAUGCUCAAGCUCGCCCUCGUCCACGGCAUCAAGGACAACCUCGUGCCCCACGAGAUCGUGGCCGACUACCUGCUGUACAGGCUCAACCUCGUCGACCCCGCCCUGUACGCAAAGUUCUCCGAGCCCACCAACGACGUGUCCCGCUUCCUCACCGGCGUCGCCAAGCGCACGGGCAAGCAUGCCAAAUCCCGCGUCGGCUUCGAUAUCCAGGCCGCCAUGUGGAUCAUCGAGCAGUGGCGCAAUGGCCAUCUCGGCAGGUUCGUCCUCGACGACGUCACAACCGCAGCUAUCGAGGAGAAAAAGGCCGAGCUCACCACGACGACUUUGAGCAUGAAUCAGGCCCGCAAGAGGGAAAAGGAAACGCGGAAGCAGAGGGCCGAGGAGAAGAGACGCGGAGGAUGA